AAUCACUCACUCAUGCAUGUCUGAGAAUAAUCCAACGGUCACAAUGUUAUCAUGUUCAUAGACUAAACUAGAUUUUUUGGGUAGCAAAAAAGUAACAGUAGCAGCAGAAUAAUGUCUAGCUGAUUGAGAAGAAUGAUGACCAAUUUUGUUGGAAUAAGGUUACCAGUUGUGGCCUGUUACUGUUCUUGUAAUGUUGCUGUUGUUUCUUCCUCUUCAUCUCUAUUAAACAGGACAUUUAAGAAUGCUUCUCGCCGAAUGUUAUUAGGCUUAGGAGCAUCUUCAUUCUUGUCUCAUUUUAUCCCUAACAUGUCUACUUCUGGUGUCAAAUCCUUCAUUGCAUCCGCCAGCAUAAGCUCCGGCCCCUCCGUCGAUCAGAUACUGAAGAAUGUUGAAUGGCCAGAGCAAUUUCCCUUUAAGGAGGAGGAUUUUCAGAGAUAUGAUGAGUCAUCAGAUUCUACAUUCUAUGAAGCACCUCGAUUCGUAACACACAUCGAUGAUCCUGCAAUUGCUGCUUUAACUAAGUAUUACUCCAAGGUUUUUCCACCUAGCAACACUCCUGGAGUUAGCAUUUUGGAUAUGUGUAGCAGUUGGGUCAGCCAUUUUCCACCGGGAUACAAGCAAGAACGAGUCGUAGGAUUAGGCAUGAACGAAGAAGAAUUGAAGAGGAACCUGGUUCUCACAGAGUAUGCUGUACAAGACUUAAAUGUGAACCCUAAACUCCCAUUUGAAGAUAACUCGUUCGAUGUCAUCACUAAUGUGGUCAGUGUUGAUUACCUUACAAAGCCUCUUGAUAUUUUCAAGGAGAUGAGCAGGAUACUCAAACCAGGUGGAUUAGCCGUAAUGAGCUUUUCAAACCGAUGCUUCUGGACAAAAGCCAUUUCUAUAUGGACAUCAACUGGGGAUGCUGAUCACGUUAUGAUCGUUGGGUCCUAUUUUCAUUACGCGGGAGGAUUUGAACCUCCUCAGGCUGUGGAUAUAUCUCCAAAUCCUGGACGCUCGGAUCCGAUGUAUGUCGUGUACUCAAGGAAGCUCUCUGCCGCUUAAGAGAAAUAUGAAAUCAGAAUUUAUAGCAGUGUGUUUACGUAUCAGCAGUAACUGUGAUGAGGAAUUCGUUCCUAUUGUAUGUCAAUGAUUUAUUUUAAUGUUAUAGCAUUGUUUCUUGUGCAUUA